AAAAUUCGGAGUAAAAUAAAUUGUUGUUAAUUGUGCUAAGGUCAGCGGUCAUCGCUGAAGGCGACUGCAUCGGCUGUAAGCCGACCUUUUCCGAGCGAACAUAUGGUAACCCCGACUCACACCGCGCAAAGCCCGUCCCAAUCGCUCCAAACUUUGACAGAUUUUUCCACCAAACUGACACGACCUUGAAAACUUACCACGAAAUUCGGCUGUGAAAUGUCAAACUAAAGAAAAACACACAAAACAAUAAUUAUUAUGCUAAAAAAUCGCUGUAACAACCGCGGCCUUAACUCGAAACUAAUUCAUUGUGCAAUUUAAAGGUUAAAAACGAUGCAUACCCGGGGACUAAUUUUUUGGUUAAUCUUGAGCUUUUACCGAAGUGCUGCCGAAGAUGCCGCCACGGAAAAACUCAAGUCGCGGGACAACUUCAAGAGUACUUACUCGGCCAACGACUUACUCCUCAGCGACAGCUCCAUCAACACCUGCAGCAUCGACGACUUCGCCUGCCUCACGAUGGCCGCCAACGACCGCCUGGGGCUGGAAGCCAUCAAGACCCUGCACCAGAAGCUGGACGACGACGCCAACGGCAACGUGGACCUCUCGGAAUCCGAUGACUUCCUCAGAGAGGAAUUGCAAUACGACUCUGGCUACGAGCGCCGACAGAAGGCCUUCCAUCGCAACGACGACAUGCACAUCUCCGUCAAGGAACUGUGGGAGGCCUGGUUGAAGUCAGAAGUGCACAACUGGACGGUUGAACAAACCACCGAUUGGCUCGUCUCUUCGGUUGAUUUGCCCCAAUAUGUUCCUAGUUUUAUCUCGCACAAAGUCACCGGGGCUAACUUACCCAGAUUGGCUGCCAAUAACGUUAACUAUCUUAACCAUCUCGGAAUCAAGGACCCGAUACAUAAGCAAAAAAUCGUCCUCAAGGCCAUGGACGUGGUGCUUUUUGGCCCCCCAAAGGACGGCCAGCCGCAUUGGAAGGACCUCACCUUGAUCGUCCUUCUCAUCGGUGGUGGAAUCGGUGUUUGGUAUGCGUUCCAACAAAACAAAAAAUUCAAAAACCACCUGAAUCGCAUGAACCGUGACAUGGACAGUUUACAGAACGCGGAAAAGGCGUUAGAAAACUUACAAAAAGAACUCGAAGAAGCCAAACAAGCGCAAGAAGACGUAAUCACCGAAAAACAGAAUUUAGAAAAGAAAUUGCAAGAUUCGAAAACGGAUCUCGACUCAUUGCCGUAUUCCGAUUUGGAGGUGAACCAACUCAAGGCCGAAAUCGAGAUGCUGAGGACUGAACUGCAGAUCGCUGAGGGGGAGCUGAAGGACAGGUGCUGGUCGCCGCCGCCGGGCCUCCAACAGUGGCUGCAGCUCACCCACGAAAUAGAAAAUAAAGCCUACAUGAAGAAAAAAGCGUCGGCGGAAAAACAACUACAACAAGCGAGAGAAGCUUGUGAGAAAUUGAGGAAGAAGCGGUCGAGUCUCGUCGGUGCUUUUGUCUCAACUCACGGCAAAUCCAUCGAUGAAGUUGAUAGGAGCAUAGUUGAGGCGCGGACGGCCCUGAAUGAGGUCACCCAAGAAUUGCAAGAGCGUGUCCAUAGAUGGAAGCAGAUUGAGAUGUUGUGUGGCUUCAGCAUCAUCAACAAUAACGGUUUGCAGUUUUUGGAAAACACCCUGUAUCGUAAUACUAACGGACGGGCGCUGCCAGUACGAGGUCGCAUCAGCAGUCAGGAUGAUCUGGACGACGAUACAGCUUCGCUCUACGGCCACCAAGAUGGCGGUAUGUGUACAGGCCAUUCAGAGGGGACCGCGCUGCAUUCGUGGAAAGAAGGUGACUCUUCAGGGAGCGAAACUAGCCGACAGGAGGAAGACUCCCAUUCGGAGAGCAAGCCGACGCCUGGAGUCCACUUCAUGGUGGGAGGAGAGAUCUCAACUUGGCCCGAAGAUUCAAGUAGUUACACUAAAAUUAGCAAAUUGUCUUCCAAUCCGCGAAGUAUUAGCAACAAUAAUAUCCCGUUGACGAACAAAUCGUCGCAAAUGACCCGCUCUUUUUCGCAAGAUACGAACGUAGGGACUUUGGACUCGGUCAAGCCGAAGUCCUCGCUGUCCGAUACCUCGUUGGACGCGCCUCUUAAGCCCAAACCGCUGCGGCAGACGACAAUAAAAGAGCAGCCGUCGGCGUCAAUCGAGGAGGAUAUCUGUUCGACGGACUCCUCUCUAAUGGACGAAGAUAUCAAGAAGAAGAAGAAAAAGCUGUUCGCGUUCACGAAAAAGAGCAAGGGUAAAAAUGACUGAGGGUGAGUCGGCGUUUAGGAUGACUUGUCUUGUUAUCCCGGGGAUCGUUAAACAGGGAUAAUGUACCUCGAUUAUGUUUCUUUAAUUUUGUAGCUACUAAUAGGUAAUUUUCGAUAUGUCAUUUUAGGUUUGCUAGUUUAAUGCUUCGACGUAUUGAAAAUUCAAUUUUUCCCAAGGAAAGUUAACUGAAAAUGUGCAGAUAUUAGUCUUCCACUUAACCCGAGUUAAUUAUUUUGUAUAUUUUGGACGAAUCCUAGGAAUGUUUUUGUUCCUUAAUUUCCAGUUUUAUUUAUUCCAUUGUACUUAGAAAUCGUGACUGAACUGUCCUAAAGCGCCUAAGUGUACUUCAAUUAUUGUGAUGAUAAUUGUAUCUCUUUUAUUUUCCUUCUUAACCGAUCAUUGGGCUUUGCAGCAAAGUUAAUUGUGAUAAAUUAGUAGACGAGAAUUUUAUUUUCGUGAAUUUUAUUUAGAUUAAAAAUAAAGACAGGGGUUUUACUCGUUUAGUUUAUUUCACAGCUUCCUUAAUUAAUGAUUGGAGGUUUCCUUCUUCAUUGACGAGGGGAGCGGUAGUUUAUUUUAUAAUAUUCAUUUGCAAUAAUUGAGUAAUUGUAACAUUGUUCACAUAGUUUUUUUAGUAGCAGAGUUAUGUCACUUAAUAAAAAUAUACAAUUUGUA